AUGAAGUUGUCCGAUUAUUAUACAGAUAAAGAAUUAAUUUAUAAUAGUGCUAUUUCUGAUAUAUAUAAAGCAAUUGAUAAGUCAAAUAAAUCACCAGUAUGUCUUAAAAUAGUUGAUGAAGAUUUCAGUCUCCCACCACAUUCAAUACAUCGAGAAAUUCUCAUACUCAAAAACUUGAAAUCACACUCACACCCAAACAUAAUUGAAUAUAUUAAUGAUCUCAAAGUUUAUGAUGAUAUUAUAUUAGUCACAAAGUUAUAUCGUUAUAAUUUAACUCAAUUGAUGGAAUCAUCAAAAUAUUGUAAACGAACAACUCGAUUCAUUUAUGAAACUGAUACUGAUACUAAUGGUGUUGUUAACAAAUACAUUCUUUCCAAUAGAAUUGAAGAAACUGAUAUUAAAUUAUGGUUAAAAUCAAUGAGUUCAGGACUUGAAUUUAUUCAUUCACAACAAAUAAUCCAUCGUGAUAUAAAACCCAGUAAUAUUUUUUUCAUUCUGGAUGAUAUAACUCAACCAAUUAUUGGAGAUUUUGGUAUUUGUUAUGAUUUAAAAUCACCACCUAAAGAUGAGCCAAUUAUGGAGAAAUAUAUUGAUGUAUCUACAGGUAUUUAUAAAGCUCCAGAAUUGAUUCUUGGUAUAACUAAUUAUGAAUAUGAAAUUGAUAUUUGGUCAUUAAGUAUAAUUUUGACAAUUUUAUAUUCUAAAGAUUUCCAAAGUAUUUUAAUUAAAAAUGAUAAAGAAAUAAUGAUUAAUGAUUCUCAUAUUAGUGAUUUAUAUUUAUUAAAUCAAAUUUUCCAAAAUUUUGGUACACCAAAUUUAAUUGAUUGUAAUAAUGAAUUAUUUUGUGAUGAAUAUAAUCAUGAAAAUUUACAUUUUAAAAAAUUUAAUUUACAAAAUUAUUCAAGAAAACAAUGGGAUAUUAUUUUACCUCGAUGUAAUGAUGAAUUAAUGAAAGAAAUUUUUACUAAAAUGAUUAAAUAUGAUAGAAGUCAAAGAAUUACUUCAAAAGAAAUCUUUCAAUUAAUAUUAGAUUGA